CACCUGCCAUUCCACCAUGCUGCGGUCACUCUGGGGCGUGGCCGUGAAGGCCAGCCUCCCAGUUGCCAUCGGGGCCUGGUGUGUUGUUGGCGCGCAACUUGCUCUCGACAGCUACAGCACCGCGCAGAAGAACCGUAAGGAGCUAUCUCAUCGCCAAUCGACUCUUGAUGCCGCGCUCAAAUUGAGCCAUUCCAUUUGGCUUCAGACUGCCAAGAACCUGUGUCAACUGGUGACACGCACGGUGUCCGUGGACACACGCAAGGCUCUCUCGGAGAUCGCCGCCAAGCGCGAGCAACAUGCCAUCGACCGAGAGGAGGUUCUCAAUCAGAUGCUUGCCAUUCUCACCUCCUGCGUGGAAAGCAUUGCCUUGUCGGUGUUGCUUUUUUCCAUGAUCAGCGCCCGGUCACGGUUGGUUUUGUCACUGGUGUCGCGCGAGCGCUACCUCCGAGCCAUUGCCCCGUCAGAGUCCGGCCGCUGUGCCACCGGGUCCGAUGAUGCGCCUGCCUCCGGGUCCAGUCUGCCGGCCGAGGAGUCGGACGAGCCGCUGACGCAGUCGCUUCUGCGCAUGGCCAUGUCCAGCACCACGAGCCCGGAAUCGGCCGAGUGGCGCCAGCUGGCUGCCAUGGUGUCGCGUCAGGUCCGAGUGGCCGGGGCCCAGGCCAUUCCACUUCCAACUCCGGAGGCUGCCGGCUUGCAGGGCUCGGACCCGGUCGGGGCCCCGCAGCCGCCAGCGCUCUCGCUAUCCAUCGAGAGCCUGACCCAAAGGGUGACCCCGCUGCAGCUGGCACACUGGCUGCAGGCAAUUUGCACCCAGGCGGUCAGUCGGGUGUUGGAGUCCUUCCGGUUGGCGAGCACCGGGCCUUCUGACUCCGGGUCACCCUUUGAAGGGUGCGAUAUGCGCAUGCGGCUGGCUGACGAAUUCGCCGAUCUCCUGGAAUCGCCCAUCUUCCAGCAUGCCAUUGAGGCUUCGGUGGCGGCCAUGAUCCCGGCCAUUCUGCCCGCCCUGCAGCAAGACACCACGGUGGUCGAGGAGUGGCGUGGGGCCAGCGGCAGCGGGUCCUCGGGCUCGUCAUCCGGGUCUUCAUCGCUUGGGCUGGUGUCUCCCGGCACAGGGCCGGCAGCCGCCACCAAGGGCAACCCGCUGAGCAUUUGGCUGCACAACAUUUCCCUGGUGCCGUCCCUGCUGGCUGGGGCCUUCUUCCAGGAGUCGUCGACCGGGGUGUCCGCAGCGUCGACGGCCACCGAGCCGCUCGUGGACGCCGCCUUCGCCACAACCUGGCUCAGUCGACAGAUGGACUAGUCGUGCUGCCAGCCUCCUUCGGGGGGUCGGAAAAUACAAGCAACACCA